GUGACGCCAGCAGCCUAUUUUCUGCAGCUGCCACCCGGGGCCUUUCCUGAUGUGAUUGCUUGACCAUAGAAUAAAAUGGCUUAUAUUGUCCCAAAUUUCUAUAUGCAUUUUUUGACGAAAUCUCAGCCCUGCCUAAUAUUGGCAGCUCCAUCAGUCUUCUGGUAUCAAAGAAAGAAUGGACACCUUUUACAGCAUUUGAAAUAUGCCAUGGAUACUUCUUUAGGAGAGGAGAAUAAAUUCACUGUAGAAAAUCUGUCCAAAUUAUCAGUGGAUAUAAAGAAAAUCCGUAGGCUAAAGCCAUGGGUUCUGUCAAAAGAGGUGUCAUAUAUCAAAGAAAUAGCUAAUAUUUUGCAAACAAUUGGAGUUGAUGGACCUUCAUUAGCACAUAUGUUUGAAUGCUAUCCUGAAGCCAUUCUUUGUAAUCCUACCAGUAUCACUUGUCAAAGAGAUCUGUGGUUAUCUGUCUGUCAAAAUGAAAAGCAGUUAGUGGAGUUAAUAAACCGAUUUCCAGAUGCUUUUUUUAAUGUUGAACAUUAUGAAAAUCAGAAGGCCAACAUUAGAUUCUUCAAAGCACUGGGGCUGAAGACUGCUAUCAUCCGCCGGUUUUUAACAAGUGCAUCAAAUAUUUUUUACAACCCUGUUGAAAAGAAUAAGCAUGUGAUAGAAACUCUGCAAAGAAACUAUUUAAGAUUAGGUGGUUCACAGGAAAAUUUGAAAAACUGGCUACUGAAAUUAUUGAGUCAAAAUCCAUUUAUUUUAUUAAAUACUUCUACUACUGUCCAAGAAAACCUGGAGUUUCUUCAGAACAAUCAGUUCACUGAUUCCGAAGUUUUAUGCCUGUUGUCCAAGCUCAAAGGAUUUAUUUUUCAACUUAAUCCUAGCAAUAUGCAGAGUAGCCUCUUGUUUUCAAAGACCAUCUUCAAUUGCAGUGAUCAAGAAUUAAAAGAGCUAAUAUUACAGUGUCCUGCCCUUCUCUAUUAUUCAGCUUCAGUUCUGAAGGAAAGACUAGAUGAAUUCUUGAAGGAGGGAAUUUCUAUAGAACAAAUUAAAGAGUCUCCUGCUGUUUUAGAAUUAUCAACAGAGAUAAUUCAGUAUCGAAUUAAAAAAUUAAAUGCCCUAGGAUACAGUCUGAAGAAUGGAACUUUAAAAUAUCUCAAUGGAACAAAAAAAGAUUUUGAAACUACAUAUGGAAAGAUACAAGCAAAAAGUGAGAGACCUAUAUAUAAUCCAGUGGCUCCUUUGAAUGUUGAAGAUUAGUUUCCAGAACCUGCUAAAUAAAAAGUAAGGACCAGUUUGUCUUUCACAAUUCAAAUAAAUUGGAUGUAAUUGCGACUUAGAAAUUGAUUUUUUCCCCUCUGAAUCAGUGUUUCUAAAUAUGCAAUUGUCAUGGAAUUCAUUGGAUCAGACUGAAAGGCUGUCUGAUCCAAUAUAUUUUUCCUAUAGUAGCCAAGCAUAUUUGUAUGUGAAACCUACAAGCUAGACACCAGUCCAAUAGCAUCCGCUGGUCAUGUUAUCUAGGAACUAAUAUUAAAAGGCAUUUUUCUGAUAUAGAAGUAAUACAUAGCAAUUAUGCCUAGAAACUACCAAGUCUUAUAUUCCAUGGAUUCAAUUUCUCUUCAAAACAAAUGUAAGCCAUGUGAGAUAGGAUUCUAUAGUUUCAUGAUGCAUGAAAUACCUUUAUUUGCAUCUUUCACGUUAGGAAAUAAAUAUUUUUCUAUUUUCUGCAUAUCUUGUGUAAAUGUAGGCUUUUUAAAAUCAUAUAGAGGUGUUUUUGUAAAUUAUAUAAUUUGUAUAAGAGUAUUAUGGGAUUGUCAACAGAAUAUAUACAUUAUUUAGGAAAGGGAAUGAACUUUUAAACUUCUGCCCUGAUAGACAAGAUGCACCUAGCAUUGGUUUAAAUUAUAAUAAUAUCCUUGCUUUAUGCAAUAUUUAAAAUAAAAUUUACACAUAUUGGGAAUAUAUUCAAUAUAUUUAGUUUAUUUAAUAAAUUAGUCGGUUAGAUUAUGCAUAAUUGAGUGAUAUGUAAUCCUUGCUAAUUAGAAAUAUCUUCUUGACUAUUAUGCCGUCAAGUCAGUGUCAAGUCUAAGUAACCACAUA